AUGUGUGUAUUUGUAGAACCGGAGCACGUUGAAGAGGUGACGACCGUGUUCUUCCGGCUGCUGCAGGCCAAGAUGUUUGCGCGCAAGGGCAAGUCCCAGAAGUACUCGCCCAAGUUCCAGCGCGCCCUCGUUCUCCGCUACUUGGCCGACUGCCGCACAGAGGACGGUGAGGGCUUUGUGCUCGAUGCGUUCCUGCAUCUGCUCGUGCUGCCGUUUGCGCAGUCGCCAACGCCACCCGUCUCCGUUGCGCCGGGCGCCGCUGUGGAUGUGGACGCGCUGCUGGCGGAGUUCAACGUCGGCACAGACGUGCACGCAGCCGUUCCGCUCAACCGCCAAGUCGGUUUCCUGAUGCUUGCCGAGUCGCUGCUGAAGGUGUUUGGCACGCGUCUGCAGCCGCACUUGCCGAUGAUGGUGGCCAUCAUGGUGCAGAUGGCGCGCGAGGCCCACGCCCUGCUCGCCCGUCGUGAUGGGGUCGCCCCGCGCUACAUCCGUGAACUCAGGAUGAUCCGCAAGCUCAGCAUCCGCCGCCUCUGCAGCCUCUACAACUUCUUCAACGCGAAAUUGCUGGAGCCGUUUGCGAGCGCGGUGCACGCGCACGUGAUUGGGCCGCAGGUGGCGUCGCUGUAUCACGAAUGCUCAAACGCCGUCGUCCCCAUCCCCAACACGUGGAGCGAGGAUCCGAAAAUGCACCGCAUGAACAACAACGGGACGAUGGAGCGGUGGGACCAGCCCGAGGACAUUCAAGAGCUGGCGAAAUCGACGCACGACUUGAUCCGCGGCAUUAUCGGGGCGAAGCACAUAUCCAGCACCAUGAGCGAAGAGAAGCACAAGGUGUCGGCCAAGCGUGCUGUCAGACGCCAGCGCGAGCAACAAGAGCUCAUCACAAACCCGAAAAAGGCGCUGCGGCGCAAAGCGCGAUCGCACGAGCUCAAGCGGGAUGCGCGCCGGCGCAAGAACGCGGGCAUUGGCGGCAUGCCCAUCAACCCCGUGGAGCUCAAGAAGCUGCACAACAAGCGGCGCGAGCACAACCGGAAGCUCAACCUCAUGGACGAUUAG